AUGGAGAGAAGAGACAAUGAAGAUAUUCGCUGGCCGUUCAUCGCCGACUCCCCCUUGCAAAACCACCUACUUGUUCCCUCCCAAAACUAUCGUUUUCGAAUCAAUGGCUCCCAUGUUCCUUCUAACCCAAAUUUUCAAAACCCUGAUCUUGUUCAAAACCCUAGCCUUGCACAAAGAUAUUCCACAACCCAAUCCCUUCCACAAGCUUCCGAACGAAGCCAUGAAUGCGGCCUCGAGAAUUCUUUUGGUCGAUUGAAUCUGAAUGUGCCUUGCAAUAACCAUUCCCAGCUUCAUGAUGUCAAUGUUUAUUUAUAUAAAAUGAGGAUCGAUUCUGCUGUAAGGGGACAAAUAGGGAUGUUUCAUGAGAGGUUUGUUGGCCAUUCAAACUCAACGAGUUUGAAUGCAGGUCAAGAUUUGGUGGGAGGUGGAGCCAUCAGUCGAUCUGCAACUUUUCCCAGUACUCCUAUCGGCAAUCAUGACUUCAACAACUCACAACGUAGGAGUCAGUCUUUGGAUGAAUUGGCAUCCGCAUGUCCACGUAGACUGAUCAACAACCCUGAUCGUCAAUACCGGGGUAACGCAUGGGCUCAAAACUCUUCCUCUUUGCUGUCUUCUUCCAUGUAUAAUCAUCGUCCAGUUGUUUAUCCCCACCAGCGUAUGAAUUAUUCCUCAUUGAAGGAAUUAAAAGGACGGAUUUGUUCGGUGGCCAGAGAUCAGCACGGUUGCCGUUUCCUGCAGAAGAAAUUUGAUCUUCAAAUCAUAACGAGUGAGGAGAUUGAGAUGAUUUUAUUGGAGGUGAAACUUGAGUUGCAUGACUUGAUGGUUCACCAGUUCGCUAAUUACCUGAUUCAGAAAGUUUUCGAAGCAGGCACCCAGGAACAAAGGACUGAGCUGCUUCUCGUGUUCGUCAGUAGCGAACAAAGAUUCGUGCAUGUUUGCACUGAUGUGCACGGCACUCGGGUGGUUCAGAAAUUCAUGGAGCGUGUCUCCACUCCAGAACAAAGAUCUAUUCUUCUGUCAGUGUUGAAGCCCAUUGCUGUCACCUUGACCAUCAACCUCCAUGGUCAUCAUAUCAUUGAACAGUGCUUGAAUAAAUUCUCAAAUGAAGAUACAAAGCGCCUUGUGUAUGAAAUUGUAGAACACUGUCUUGACAUUGCAACUGACAAAAGUGGCUGUUGUGUAUUGCAACAAUGCUUGGCACAUGCCAAAGCAGAAGCCAGGGAGCGUUUGCUGGCUGAAAUUACUGCAAAUGCCUUCGUUCUUUCUGAGCAUCCUUACGGGAACUAUGUCGUGCAAUAUGUACUUGGAAUGAAGGUACCCCAUGUGACAUCAAAUCUGAUAGAGCAGCUUCGAGGGUGUUAUGUUACUCUUUCCAUGAAUAAGUAUGGCAGCAAUGUGGUUGAGAAAUGUUUGAAAGAUGCUGGAGAAGAGCAUUCUGCCAGGAUUAUCACAGAGAUUAUCCAUGAUCCAGACUUCUUAAAGGUUCUUCAGGAUCCCUUCGGGAACUAUGUUGUUCAAUCAGCCUUGAAUGUUUCUAAGGUCACCUUUUCAAUCAUCACUUCUUGA